GGGCGCCUGGGAGAAACCUCGCCCAGCGGCGGUUGAUUAGUCAGGCCUCAGAAAGAUGGCGUCCUCGGAGCAGGCAGAGCAGCCGAGCCAGCCAAGCUCUACUCCAGGAAGUGAAAAUGUGCUGCCUCGAGAGCCGCUGAUUGCCACAGCAGUGAAGUUUCUACAGAAUUCCCGGGUCCGCCAGAGCCCACUUGCAACCAGGAGAGCAUUCCUAAAGAAGAAAGGGCUGACAGAUGAAGAGAUUGAUAUGGCCUUCCAGCAGUCGGGCACUGCUGCCGAUGAGCCUUCGUCCUUGGGCCCAGCCACACAGGUGGUUCCUGUCCAGCCCCCUCACCUCAUAUCUCAGCCAUACAGUCCCGCAGGCUCCCGAUGGCGAGAUUACGGCGCCCUGGCCAUCAUCAUGGCAGGCAUCGCAUUUGGCUUUCACCAGCUCUACAAGAAAUACCUGCUCCCCCUCAUCCUGGGCGGCCGAGAGGACAGAAAGCAGCUGGAGAGGAUGGAGGCCGGUCUCUCUGAGCUGAGUGGCAGCGUGGCCCAGACAGUGACUCAGUUACAGACGACCCUCGCCUCCGUCCAGGAGCUGCUGAUUCAGCAGCAGCAGAAGAUCCAGGAGCUUGCCCACGAGCUGGCCGCUGCCAAGGCCACCACAUCCACCAACUGGAUCCUGGAGUCCCAGAAUAUCAACGAACUCAAGUCCGAAAUUAACUCCUUGAAAGGGCUUCUUUUAAAUCGGAGGCAGUUCCCUCCGUCCCCAUCAGCCCCGAAGAUCCCCUCCUGGCAGAUCCCGGUCAAGUCACCGUCACCCUCCAGCCCCGCGGCUGUGAACCACCACAGCAGCAGCGACAUCUCACCUGUCAGCAACGAGUCCACGUCGUCCUCGCCUGGGAAGGAGGGCCACAGCCCCGAGGGCUCCACGGUCACCUACCACUUGCUGGGCCCCCAGGAGGAAGGCGAGGGGGUGGUGGACGUCAAGGGCCAGGUGCGGAUGGAGGUGCAAGGCGAGGAGGAGAAGAGGGAGGACAAGGAGGACGAGGAGGACGAGGAGGAUGAUGAUGUGAGCCAUGUGGACGAGGAGGACUGCCUGGGGGUGCAGAGGGAGGACCGCCGGGGCGGGGAUGGGCAGAUCAACGAGCAGGUGGAGAAGCUGCGGCGGCCCGAGGGCGCCAGCAACGAGAGUGAGCGGGACUAGGGCUGCGCCUGCUGCCUCCAGCCCUGAGGAUGGCAUCCAGUGUGCCCGUGCGUGGCCACACCCUGCCUCCCUCUCUGGCCCUGGGAGGGCAGCUUGGAGCCCAGGUAGGGGGCAGAGCUGUCCUCAGCUGCACUGCGGCCUGGUGGCAGUGUGGGGAGUCACACUUCUGUCCACCUGGCCUCCUCUUGCCUGGCCGCCAGCCCCAGCCCCAGCCCCAGCCCCAGGCCCAGCUGCCUUUGGCUUUGAUCUCAAGUCAGGCUGAAGGCAGCGAAGCCUCGGGGCCCAAGCCCCUCCCCAGCCCCCUCUCCCGGACAGACGCCUUGCCCAGGGUGUGUUUGCCGAGUGUCUUGACUACCGUGACACCACGCAUGGCCAGAGCUAGCGUCCCUACUGCCUCCCGACUCCUCAGUGGAGGAGGAGCUGCGGUCCCUCUGGUGUCUGCCGUCCCCCUCCCUCCCUGGGCCCGGCCCUGGACCCCUCAGGUGCCUGUCCCCAGCCCCAACCCCACUCGUGCCCUGUCGUCCUCCCAGACAAAUGAAACCACGCUGCGCUUCCGAUGCCCCCGCUUGCCGUGUAAUGGUUCAGCUAAUCCCAUGGCGAGAUGGGGGCUCACUCUGGAGGAGGAGCCAGGCAGCAGGGCCUUCCUGACCAACAGCCAGCUCUGUCCUUCCCCCCAGGAAACACAUGUUCAUUUGUGUGAUCAUGUAUAGACCUCAGAACGGAAGAUAGGACUGUAUAUAAUUGUAAUAAAUACCAGUUGCCACUAUUUAA